AUGGCAGGACCUGGUACUGCCGGUAGUAAGGCAUCACGCAAGAAAGCAGCGCCUCCAGCACUUCCGCGCUGCACACACUUGAUCCAGUUUUACGAAGCCGAAUGUUUUUUAUACGACGCCGUCUCAAAAUUUAUUCUACCCUCGUUUUUCAGUACAGAAAAUGCAGCUAUUAUCAUUGCUACGCGGCAGCAUCUUGAUGGACUUGAGGCUCAUUUAAGGGAACAGAAUCUUGCACCCGGGCUUCUCAAGGAGCGCGGCCAACUGAUUCUUGUGGAUGCGGAUGCUUUAUUGCCAUCGCUCCUGAACGGGGAUAAAGUCGAUGGCCAGGCGUUCGAUAGCUAUUUUGGGAAGGUCUUUCAGGAUGUUCGGAAACAGUAUCCCAGGAUUCUCGCUUAUGGAGAAUUGGUCAACAUUCUCUGCGAACGUGGAUCGCACUUACUAGCCCAUGAACUGGAGCAGGUAUGGGAGCGUUUCUUAGCAGUUAAUGGGAAGGAUGCGUCGCUCUUAUGUGGAUACGAUAUGUCUGUUUUCGAGGCGGAUGGUCUCAGCGAUGUUUUCCAACAGAUAUGUCUGUCACACUCCCAUGUCGUCCCCGGCGAGAAGAAGUAUCCGCUUCUAGGCGAUUCACAAGAUCGAGAUACCAUUGUUGCAAUGCUUCAGCAACAGACUAGAUGUUUGGAGGCAGAAGUCGUUCGUCGCAAAAUUUCGGAAUCAGCACUCCAAUCAACUUUGGAGCAUUUUUCAGCACCAGCCAUUGAAACCCACACACAACCCCCAGAUCCGAAUGGACACCAUAGCUCCGUCCCCGUGGGUAUAUGUGGAAGGACAUCCUUUGAGGGACGGCAUCAAUAUUUUGUCAACGAACGUUUCUGCGAGCUAUCCGGUCUUCAUGAUUAUCGAAUACGGCAAGAUGGCAAUUGGUUAAGCGCCGUACAUCACCUGGACAGAGAGCGUGUUUCUAGGUUCUUUUCCUUUGAAGAUGGAAGAUUACGAAAACAGGAUUAUCGCUUCGUUCAUCCGAACGGGGAUGUUCGCUGGGUGUCUGCAGAGUUCACGGUGAAUGUGUACGGAUAUGUUCACACAAUCGUUGAUAUUACCAAUUCAAGGAACCAUCGCGAACAACAAGCACAGGCAGGGAGAAGCAAUAUGGUAAAUAAUCAAAUGGUGCAAAAUGGUGGUAUUGAUUAUCCAAGUCAGCAGAACCAGCAGCAUCAAUUCACAGACCCCUACCACUCAAGCGGAGAUGAUAGCAAUGGAAGUUAUACCGAGAAUGCCUUGAGAAGGAGCGAUCCCCAGAGCCCCGACGAAUCACUGCAGACUAUUUCUAGUGAACAAAAUCGACGCAUGACGGCAGAUCGCAUUAGAAACGAAUUUGAAAAUAUCGCUAGGCUUUUGAGUGACAUUUCUAAAGACGAUAGUCUUUCACAACACUCGUUCAAUUUUGCAACCAUUAAAACUCACAUGGAAAAGCUUCAGGCUUGGUAUAGUUGCCUGCCUAGCCCACUCGCUCUUCACUUGGUCAUACUUGAUCACUCGAUCCCACAAACGCAGAAAGCUGUUAUGCUUCAGGCCUACUGCGCAUAUUUGAGAUCUGUUAUUAUCCUUACCCGUCGUGUCUUGCUUAAAGUGGCCAAUACCGCGACUCGAUCGAAGUGUCCGCAGGAAAAUGGGUCACUCGAAGUUUUUUAUGCCAACAAAUGUAUAAGCGCUGCGAGGGGAUUAUGCAAAGUUCUUGACAUGUUAUUUGAAGGGGAUAAACAGCAAACUAAGGGAUGGCUUACUAUAAGUUCUGCUUUCACAGCAUGUGUUAUAGUUUUUCUUGAUAUCUCCCUGCGGCCUGUUACAGAACCUCCUAUUAUCGACGACAUCGCCGAUAUAAUUCCAAAAUGUAUCAACACACUCAAAUCGAGUCCACGGCCGGAUCACCAAACCUGUAAACAAUACUUGGAGACCUUGAUACCAUUCUGGAUGGCUUUAAAACCUCCGAUACCGUCCGAUUCACAUCUAGGGCGAAUUUUACCCCUAGACCAGGCUUCUCCGCAGGCAUGGUUGGCACUGGAUAAUCAAUGGACGAAUAAAUGGUCCCUUGGACAAGCUUUAAACACUACCGACGACCUUCUGGAAAUCUUGAGGGAGCCAUGUGGAGGAGUAGAUCAUAAGGAUUGGAUUGCUCGUUCAUGGGAUUGGAGGUUUCUGCUCCCUGCUGAUGCUUCUGCAGCACAGAAUACAGAUUCUACCAGUACAAUAACAAAACCGCCAUGGAAUAAUAAUGGAACCAAACGAAAAGCAAAAAGGAGCAAAGCUGAAGACGAGUCAUCGAAUCACUCACAGUCGUCCCAUUCUUGA